GUGACGGCGUAACGCCGACAGUCGCGCUACUCAAAAUAGUGGAAUUUUGACGCAAAAAGAGCGAAUCUUCGAAAACGAAGGAAAAAUGAACGUCUUAACAUCUCUUGUGCUGUUUGGGACAUUGUGGACUGUCCACAGCGAGAUUCACUCUCUUCAGUACAUCUACACGGCUCUUUCAAAGCCCCCAGGUCUAAAUGCUCCAGGCCUCUACCAGUUCACUGCCAUGGGAAUCCUGGAUGACAGAACGAUCGACUAUUACAACAGCAAGGAUCAGAGGAAGAUUCCUACGCAGGACUGGAUGAGGAAGAAUUUGCCUGAAGAUUACUGGCUGAAAGGCACUCAGUCCCGCAAGAGCAAGGAACAGUGGUUCAACGUCAACGUCAAUAUUCUGAUGGACCGCAUGCAUCACAACAAGUCUGAUCUCCACAUCCUGCAGUGGAAACAUGGCUGUGAGGUUAAGAAGCUGUCUGGGAAUCAGCUGAAAUUUCAGAAGGGCUUCGACCAGUACAGCUACGAUGGCGAGGACUUCCUGUCCUUCGAUGAUGCCAAUAUGCAGUGGGUGGCCUCAGUGCAGCAAGCCUUCCCCACCAAGAAAAAGUGGGAUGAUGUUCAGAUCCUCAACCAGUACACCAAGGGGUACCUGGAGAAGGAGUGCAUGGAUUGGCUGUCCAAAUUCGUCAACUACUCACAGACACAAAUGGCAGAGCAAAGUCGAAACUCUCCUCCUGAAGUGUUCGUCUUUGCAAAGGCAAAGGAUGACAAGCGUACUCUGACGUGUUUGGCCACUGGAUUCUACCCGAAGGACGUGGAGGUGCACAUCAUGAGGGACGGGGUGCCCCUGACAGAGAGAGAUGGAGUCACUUCUUCAGGAGUCUUGCCCAAUGGGGACGUACUGGAGACUUAUCAGAUGAGGAAGAUGGUGGACGUCGAUACGUCUGACAAAGCAGAGUACAGCUGUGUGGUCAAGCAUGUAACCCUGAGUCAGCCGGUGAUUCAGAUGUGGGAUCGCCAGUGUUUGAACUGUGGCGAUGGUGAUUGUACCGUUCAGGUCGCCGGUGUUGUCAUUGCCGUUGUGGUCGUGGGGGUUGUUUUGGCAGGGAUUGCAUUUCUCAUCAGAAGGAGAAGAAUCGACCAGGCACAGAUGCAGGCUCCAGUGGCAGUGGUGACAAAUGGUCAGCCAAAUGGCACAACUGCUCCUCUGUUGGUCAAUGGACAGAACGGUCUGCCAAAUGGAGCAGCUGCUUUUCUGAUAUCCGGUUAAUGGAACGGUCACGUGGUCCAGCACUGCAUGUAACUCCAUCUCAAGAAACAAUAUUCACUCGGUCAUUAGUGAUUUCAGGUCAAAUACUGAAACAAUAUUCACUCUGUCAUUAGUGAUUUCAGGUCAAAUACUGAAACAAUAUUCACUCGGUCAUUAGUGAUUUCAGGUCAAAUACUGCACUUCAAAGGAUUUAUUGGCAAUAGUGUUUGAAUUGACAGUGAAGGUAUGUGGAACAUCAGAAUCAGAUUCAAAAAUGUAACUCGGUUCACAGCUAAAUUGGGCAGACAUGGAGAGGUUUAGGCAGAGGCUGUAAUUCGGUGUCCAGCCUGUGGUCACAGGGCCUCAUGCAGCCCUCCAGAGCUUUAUGUAAGGAACUCUAUUACAAAUUGGACUAAGGAUUAAAAAAAAGUUUUGUUUGGAUCUUCUGAAACAUGUAAAAUUCUAUAGUAUAGCAGGAGGGUAUUUAGUACAAGGUUUUCAGGUUAUGAAAAAUGUACAUUGAUACAGCUGUAAAAUAGAGGUGUUUGUUAUUCUUGCGUAGUGAAAAUCAGUGAUGAAUUCCUACUUUACAACCUACAACCUUUUUCUUUAUAUCGGAUGUCUCUUUUUGCUUAUCACCUGUAUU